UAGAAAGGCAUUGGUUGCUGAGAGCUUAUGUACCUUUAGCUGGGGUAUCUUGUUUGGGUUCUAGUCAAGAGAAAUUCUACUUGGAGUUGUGGGAAGGGCUGUGCAGCUUAGCCUGAUGUAUUUUUGAAUGAGAUGAUGCGCAGAAUGGACCAGAUUGUUAGUAUCCCCUCAUCGGAGCCCCUAUGUGUGACUCUCGACAGACUCACAAGUUGGAGACUGCCUUACCAGAUCCCAACUACUCUAAGGAAUACGUCAGUGUUGAUACUUAGGGGCCGAGUAAAGUUCCAUCUCCAUCCGUUUGCCGUAAAUGAGAUGAACAUUGUUGAUAUAGUUGGUGCAGGUACAUAUCAGCACGUAAUCUCCCAAUUACAAGAACAGGUUAAUUUGAUUGCACAUUUAACUUUCAAUACCAUUGGUGCGUUGCAAAGGGAUGCCCCUCCUAAUCGACUGUCACCAAAUUAUCCUGAACCACCAGCACAUCCUACUGAGGAGGAGGGGACAAAUUUUUCAGAGCAGCCAAAGCUGAUGAGUUCUACUUUAGUGAAGGCUGCAAAGCAGUUUGAUUCAUUGGUUGCAGUUCUUCCAAUAUCCGAGUCAGGUGAAGAAGAACAGCUUAAGAGGAUAACAGAACUACAAACUGAAAAUGAUGCAAUAGGACAAGAACUUCAAAAGCAGUUGGAAGCUGCAGAGAAAGAAUUGAAUCUGGUUCAAGAGCUGUUUAGGCAAGCAUCAAAUAAUUGUUUGAACUUGAAGAAACCAGAUGACAAUUAAGCUAUUUCAUUACUAGAUCAGAGUGAGUCCAUUCCAAUUCUUUAAGUUAUUAAAUUAGUGAGACAUUUACUAAGGAAAUAUUUUACCACAAGGGAACCAAGCGAAGGAAAUGUCAAAAUAAUCAACAAACUAGAAGGAUAUGUUUCUGUAAAUGAACGAUAAAUACAAUAUGUCGAACAUUAUCUGUUUCCUUAUAUUUACCUAAAUAAAAUCCAUUUGUUUACUUCUA